UUCAACUAACUGUUCAUGGACGACGGAUGAUGGGUCUGCCAGCCCAGCAGCUGUUCACAUGAUCCGUCCAGCCCCAUUGAUUGAGCAACGCCACCUUUUUCAUUUUUUCCACCUCCUCUAUCCAACUCUGCCUACCUUGCCUACUCGAUCAUCAACACAAGACACAACACACACUUGUGCUCCGAUCCAUUCUUCCACACUGCUCUGGUCACAUGAGCAUGACCAUUUUUCGCUGAUUGAUCCCAACCUGAGCUGAAUUCUUUCUCUUCCUCCUACACCCAGACACACUUUUUGCAGUGCUGCUGCUAGGUGCUAGCUAGAGCUUUGCCUACUAAUCCUGUUGGUGUGGACACUUGUUGAGGAGAGAUGCCUUCCACCUUAGCCGCGCUCUACAUCACCAUCUGCUCCGUGCUCUUCAUCAUCUCCAAGAUGCUUAUCUCCUUCCUGCUCUACAAGAAAUGGGCUCGCAAGAAAAGGAUCAUCGAGAACAGCCUCACAGGCGGCAAGAUGGUCAUCUUCCGCUCCGCCACGAUGCAGUCGCUGACCCCCAAGUCGUUCCUCGGCAUGAUCAUGGGGCUGUCCAACAAGGACAUCAUCGGCGCCGGAGGGUACGGCACCGUCUACAAGCUGCGGGUGGACGACAAGACGGCCUUCGCCGUCAAGAAGCUCAACAGGGGCAGCGCCGAGAUGGACCGCGGCUUCGAGCGGGAGCUGGACACCAUGGGCGACAUCAAGCACCGGAACAUCGUCCCGCUCUGCGGCUACUACGCGGCGCCGCACUUCAACCUCUUGAUCUACGAGCUCAUGCCCAACGGAAGCUUGGACUCUAUACUCCAUGGGAGAAAAGAAAAAGAGGAGUAUCUGGACUGGCCAGCGAGGUACAAGAUCGCGCUGGGCGUGGCACGAGGCCUGUCGUACCUCCACCACGACUGCAUACCUCACGUCAUCCACCGGGACAUCAAGUCGAGCAACAUACUGCUGGAUCACAACAUGGAGGCGAGGGUCUCCGACUUUGGCCUCGCCACGCUCAUGAAGCCCAACGAGAGCCAUGUCACCACCGUCGUCGCCGGCACCUUCGGCUACCUAGCGCCAGAGUAUUUCGACACCGGGAGGGCCACGACCAAGGGCGACGUCUACAGCUACGGCGUCGUCUUGCUUGAGCUUCUCACCGGGAAGAGGCCGACCGAUGAGUCGUUCCUUGAGAACGGCACAAGGCUGGUCACCUGGGUUAAGGAGACGAUGGAGGAGAAGCGGGAGGAGCACGCCGUCGACGAGGCUUUGCCGUGCUUCCCGACCGAGGAGGUCAAGUUCGUGUUCACCGUGGCAGACAAAUGCCUGGACUCUGAUCCCUGCAACAGACCAACGAUGGCACAAGUGGUGAAGAUGCUCGAGCAAGGGAAGCAGUCAUAGUCGCGUAUGGCUAGAACAAGGUCAGUAGAUUACAUGGGUUAGCACGGACACCCGCGCUAGGUCUAGAACUCGAACCAGGGUGGAAAGUUUUCACCAUGAGAAUCCUAACACCCAUGUAUGUAUGUACG